AUGAAUCUAAGCCUCAUUCAAAUCCUGGAAGUGGACGAAAAGCGCCAGUUAAUAAAUACAAAUGCAUUGGUUAAUUUGGAUUGGAAAGAUCACAAUUUUGUGUGGAAUCCUGAAGAACAUGGAAAUGUUACUUCACUUCUACUACCAUCAGAAAAUAUUUGGACUCCUGAUUUGGUUUUAUACAAUAAUGCUGGUGGGGACUGGGAUUUGGUGAGUUCCUCUUCAACAAAGGUUUUUGUUAACCACGAUGGAACGGUGAUAUGGCGUCCACCCAUCAUUUUCAAUAGUCAGUGUGAAAUCAAUGUGGAGUAUUUUCCUUUCGAUAUGCAGAAUUGUUCAAUGAAAAUCGGUGUCUGGACAUAUCACGGACUACUCAUAGAUCUACGUCACACAAGUCAAAGGGCCAAAUCCCAACCCUCAUUUGAUAACUGUCGAAGUCGGAUUGAUCACGCAAUCGAUUUGUCCAUGUUUACUGUAGAUGUUCAGUGGGAUCUUAUUGGGGUCUCUGCAAGUCGAAACAUUGAAUUCUAUCCAUGUUGUCCAGAGCCCUAUUUGGACAUUACCUUUCACAUAAUUCUUCGCAGGAAACCCCUCUUUUUUGGAGUCAACGUUAUCUGCCCAUGCAUGUCAAUCUCAGUUUUGACUGUCUUGGUGUUUUAUUUGCCCGCUGACAGCCGGGAGAAGAUUUGUCUGAGUAUUUCUACCCUAAUAGCACUCACCGUCUUUUUUCUCCUUGUUUUUGAAAUUUCACCACCUACUAGUUUGGUGGUGCCACUGAUUGUUAAAUUCCUUCUCUUCACUAUGGUAUCAAUUAUCUUGUCAACAGCCGCCACGGUAGUGGUUUUGAAUGUGGCUACGCGAUCACCAGAUACUCAUAGAAUAUCUCCAAGGAUCAGAAAAAUUUUCAUUGAAACUCUUCCAAAGUUACUCCUAAUCAAAAGAUAUGAUGGACAAGACAUCCACAUAAGCCCUGAGAAUUCACGAAAACUGAUUCGACCACUUCAAAGGAACAACACAAUCGAUUCGUUUGAAAGCAUUCCUAGCGUCAAGACGAGUAUUCCGGAUGAGAUUUCUUUUGAUCAGCUAGAAAAAUCUCUUGAUAAAGUCCAAAAAACUAUUGCCUAUUUUCGUCGACAAGAAGAGUGGAAUAAGAUCCGAUCAGAGUGGAAAUACGUUGCUUUUGUAAUAGAUCGGUUACUUCUUUGGAUAUUUAUUGGAACAACUGCGAUUGGUAUUAUACUUACCUUUACUCAAGCUCCCACGUUGGGUUUCAACGCAGGAGCCCUUACUUCUUCAUCGAAUCCUUCAGUUGAUGCUAUCAAUGUUACUCGCCUCUCCUGUGAGACGAAACUUGUUUAG